AUGCAGUUGGUCACCAGAAGUCUUGACCGUUGUCCCCUUAACGAAAGGCUGGCGUCAUCAAGUUGGCGGUCGAUCCUGCUGGGAGGUAAAAUGACAGUGGGGCCACAUUUGUUGGUUUUACUAUUCUGCGGCUAUGCCACUAUUCAACUCGCUGAGUCUCGCAGACGCGAUACCGUCUCUACAUAG